AUGGAGAGCUUGGCGCAACUGGAAGAGCUAUGUGAUAAGCUGUACAAUUCAAGGGACUCUGCUGAGCGGGCCCAUGCUGAGAACACCCUGAAAAUAUUCUCAGUCAACAUUGAUUACAUUUCUCAAUGCCAGUAUAUUCUGGACAAUGCCUUAUCGUCAUACGCGUUGAUGCUUGCCAGUACGAGUUUGAUGAAUCAAAUCACCGAGCACAGCCUCUCUUUGCAGCUUCGUCUUGACAUCAGGAAUUAUCUAGUUAACUAUUUGGCCACCCGAGGACCGAAUUUGGAGCAUUACGUUAUCUCGUCUCUAAUUAGGCUCCUGUGUCGACUCACAAAAUUUGGAUGGUUUGAUGACGAUAGAUUCAGAGAAUUGGUUACGGAGUCCACAAGCUUCUUGAGCCAGGCAACUUCAGAUCACUAUGCUAUUGGGUUGAAGAUACUGAAUCAACUAGUAACCGAGAUGAAUGUGAGCACUUCCGGUUUGCCAUCAACUCAUCAUCGAAGAGUUGCUUGCUCAUUCAGGGAUCAAUCACUGUUCCAAAUAUUCCAAAUAUCUCUAACAUCUCUGCACCAACUGAAGAAUGAUGUUGUAAGCGAGUUGCAAGAGCUAGCAGUUUCACUUUCGCUUCAAUGCUUGUCUUUUGAUUUUGUUGGGACGUCCAGCGAUGAGAGCUCAGAAGAGUUUGGUACUGUCCAGAUUCCUUCAUCUUGGAAGCCAGUUUUAGAAGAUCCUUCGACAUUGCAAAUAUUCUUCGAUUACUAUGGGAUUAUGAUCACAAGGCCAAAUCUUUCAAAGCAGGCGCUGGAUUGCUUGGUUCGGCUGGCUUCAGUUAGACGCUCUUUGUUCACGAAUGAUGCUGCCCGUUCUAGGUUCUUGGCACAUUUAAUGACAGGAACUAAGGAAAUCUUACAAACAGGGAAAGGCCUUUCUGAACAUGACAAUUACCAUGAAUAUUGUCGCCUUCUUGGGCGGUUCAAAGUAAAUUAUCAGCUGUCAGAGCUGGUGAAUGUGGAAGGCUACAGUGAAUGGAUACAGUUGGUGGCGGAGUUCACUUUGAAGUCUUUACAGUCAUGGCAGUGGGCCAGCAGCAGUGUGUACUAUCUUUUAGGUUUGUGGUCGAGAUUAGUAACAUCUGUGCCAUAUCUGAAAGGCGAUGCUCCAAGUUUGCUUGACGAAUUUGUGCCUAAAAUUACCGAAGGCUUUAUUACAUCAAGAUUUAAUUCCCUACAGGAUGGGUUGCAGGAUGAUUCUUCUGAUAAUAUGUUGGACAAUGUCGAACUUCUUCAGGAUCAGCUAGAUUGCUUUCCUUACCUGUGCAGAUUCCAGUAUGAGAGAAGUGGUUCUUAUAUAAUAAACACAAUGGAGCCUAUUCUCCAACAAUACACGGAAAGAGCUCGAUUGCAGACCUCUAACAAUAAAGAACUUGCAGUUAUAGAGGCAAAACUAGCUUGGAUAGUACAUAUUAUCGCUGCUAUAAUGAAGAUAAAACAAUGUACAGGCUGUAGCACAGAGACUCAAGAAGUUCUUGAUGCAGAGCUUUCAGCUCGUGUUUUACAAUUAAUUAGUGUCACUGAUAGUGGACUACAUAGCCAGAGAUACGGAGAGUUGAGUAAACAAAGACUGGACCGAGCAGUUCUGACGUUCUUCCAGCAUUUUCGUAAGUCUUAUGUGGGUGAUCAGGCUGUGCACUCAUCUAAGCAGCUGUAUGCCCGUCUAUCAGAGCUUGUUGGACUUCCUGACCAUCUUUUGGUAUUGAAUGUUAUUGUUGGGAAGAUUGCUACAAAUUUGAAGUGCUAUACUGAGAGUGAAGAAGUCAUUGAUCACACGUUGAGUUUGUUCCUUGAGCUGGCAUCUGGGUACAUGACUGGAAAGCUGCUUCUGAAGUUGGAUGCUGUUAAAUUCAUAAUUGCUAACCAUACUAGGGACAACUUUCCUUUCCUUGAGGAGUAUAGUUGUGCUCGUAGCAGAACAACUUUCUACUACAUUAUUGGCUGGUUGAUAUUCAUGGAAGACAGCCCUGUGAAAUUUAAGGCUUCUAUGGAGCCACUUUUGAAGGUUUUCCUCAAUCUGGAGUCGAUUCCUGAGCCAGUGUUUCGUACGGAUGUUGUAAGAUAUGCUUUGAUUGGCCUGAUGAGAGAUCUUAGAGGGAUUGCAAUGGCCACUAACAGUCGUAGAACAUAUGGAUUCUUAUUUGAUUGGCUAUAUCCUGCUCACUUACCCCUUCUCUUGAAAGGCAUCUCAAUUUGGGCAGAUACGCCGGAGGUUACCACUCCAAUUCUUAAGUUCAUGGCUGAGUUUGUUUUAAACAAGGCCCAACGGUUGACUUUUGAUUCAUCUUCUCCUAACGGCAUUCUUCUGUUCCGAGAAGUCAGCAAGUUGAUUGUUGCGUAUGGUACUAGAAUUCUUGCCCUUCCAAAUUCUACUGCUAGGGCCAUGUAUGACUACAAGUACAAGGGAAUAUGGAUUUGCUUAACUAUUCUCUCAAGAGCUCUUUCAGGAAACUAUGUCAACUUUGGUGUCUUUGAGCUGUAUGGUGAUAGAGCCCUUGCUGAUGUUCUUGAUAUAGUGCUAAAGAUGGCACUUUCAAUUCCUACGUCAGAAAUAUUUGCAUUUAAAAAGCUACAGAAGGCUUACUUUGGAUUUUUGGAAGUUCUUUUCUGCAGCCAUCUAUCUUUCAUACUCAAUCUUGACACCAAUACCUUCAUGCAUAUUGUCGGCUGUCUUGAAUCUGGUCUUAAAGGUCUUGAUAGCAACAUUUCAUCACAGUGUGCAUCUGCUGUCGAUAAUUUGGCUGCUUUCUAUUUCAACAACAUCACAAUGGGGGAGCCACCCCUGCUACCUGCUGCAGUCAAUCUUGCUCGGCACAUUGCAGAUUGCCCCAAUUUGUUUCCAGAAAUACUAAAGACCCUGUUUGAAAUUGUUUUAUUUGAGGACUGUGCCAACCAGUGGAGUCUUAGCAGACCUAUGUUGAGCUUGAUACUUAUCAAUGAGCAGUUAUUCUCUGAUUUGAAGGCUCAGAUUUUGGCAUCACAGCCAGUGGAUCAACACCAGCGGCUGUCUCUUUGUUUCGACAAACUUAUGGCUGAUGUUACGCGAAGCUUAGAUUCGAAGAACAAGGACAAGUUCACCCAAAACUUGACGGUGUUCAGGCACGAUCUCAAGAACAAAAAAUAA